AUGAUCAUUGUUGCCGGCUCUUUCGUGCUGACUCCGGCUACGGCACUCCGAUACGAACGAUAUGAUCGCAAAGUGAAGCAGCUUAGUCAAGAGGAGGCGAUGAAUCUAGGCCUCAAGGGCCCAGAUGGAGAGGAAGGAAUCAAGAGGAAUCCCAGGAGACGGAUCCUCGGAGAUGAGCGGGAAGAAUACUACACUUGGACAACUGGGAACAAAAGCGAGUGCAAAGGUUUAAGGGAGAGCCGGAUGGGAGAAUUUGAGCGGUCGGAUUGUUUUCAGAUAGUCCAUGUUGAAGCACAACAUCCAUACGGUGACUCUCGCGAUGGACUUCACGGUCAGCCGAGUGCGACGCUUCUGAUCUUCGGGUCAGCCGGGUUAUGCGUUGUAUAUGGUCGCGGUGAAAUCAAGGUCGCUACUACUUUUUGGUGCGACUAUACUCAAUCAGCGAAGUCGACGACACCGGUAUCUCCGCUCCUGUGUUCAAACUACCAGCAGACUUGGUACAUGUUGACUGCGACAUGGCAGCCUUGGGUAGUCUCAGCCCAGUAUGCCCGAAAUUGGGCCGACAGAUCAGUCAAACAGGGAUAUAACAACGCUGCAAUUAUUGCCGGAUGUUCUCAGUGGUAG